AAACCCUCGCCAAUUCGAGAGCGAGGGAGACUAGGAGAGAGCGAGAAAUGGCGCCCGAUCACCACCACCACCACCACCAUCCAUCGACCGAUCAGCUGGUCAAUCUCUUCCACAAGUCCCACCACGAUCUCGCCGUGAUCCAUCACCGGCUCGAGAGGGAGUUUCACCAGAUUUAUCCCGACAACGCUAAUCCGUUGAAGCUGGUUACCAGGAUCAAGAAGGUGCUGGAGGAUGUGUCGUCCUUGAAAGAUCAGUGCCAGGAACUUCUAGUGGCGAAGCAGGACUUGAUUGACCAGGCACGGACAACUCUUGUUGGAAAUAGAGGCUUACUCAGGAAGAUGCAAGCAUCUGUCUCAAUUCCCCUUAUCAGUGAUUCUGAAGAUUCUGCAUAUGCUAACUUUAACCAGAUUAUUGAUGAGUGGACAAAGCAAGUCCAAUCAGCAUCAGGGGCCAAGGAGCAUGUAGCAGAUGCUGAGGACUUGAACAAGCUACUCUUCUCAGCCAUAGUGCAGAAUGGGUGAGACCGAGAGGGCUUUCUCUGGAGUGAUUCCAUGCAAUUGUCUUCGUGUGUUGAGAAGUUUUAAAAGUUGGUUUUGGUUGUUCACCUUAUAGUUGGUAGAAAUUUUAGUCGUCGAGAGCACAAAAGGGCUUUGGAGUGCUAGUUAUGUAGACCCCUCUCUCUCUCUCUCUCUCUCUCUCUCUCUCUCUCUCUCUCUCUCUCUCUCUCUCAUGGAAAAUUUGCUUCGUUUCAAUGUGAUUCUCGAGCAUCCUUUCCCCUUCUUUAUUCC